AUGUCAACGACAAAUGGCAGUGCUUCGGAGAGGACGAUAUACCUAGGUGCUUUUGCACACUGUACUUCUCAACAAGAAGUCGAGAUUUGUGAGGCUGGAGCUAUUGGCGUUGAUUUAGACGGCAAGAUUGCUUUCAUCGAGAGAGACAUCCGAGACAUCCCAUCAUACCAACUCCGAGAGCGGAAAGAUGGUUGGGAGAAGGCAAAGGUCGUACAAAUACAAGACCAAGGAUUCUUCUUUCCAGGUUUCAUAGAGUCGUCCUUCACAGAUCUGGAAAAGGCCCGUCGUAUUUAUGCUAGGGUCGUCAACCGCACUCUAUCCCACGGCACAACAACAGCUUGCUACUAUGCCACCGUUCAUGUGGAGGCCACUAACCUGCUCUCCGACAUCUGCUUGUCCAAGGGCCAACGUGCGUUUGUUGGCCGCGUCUGCAUGGAUCAAUUAAGUCCAGACUACUACCGCGAUGAGAGCGCCGAAUCCGCCAUCGAAGCCACAGAAGCUUGCAUCGCACAUGUGGCCAAAAUCGAUCCCAAACACCACUUCAUCACUCCCAUCAUCACCCCUCGUUUUGCACCCAGCUGCAGCGAGGCAUGUCUAAGUGCUCUAGGCAAGCUCGCUCACAAAACCGGUCUCCCCAUUCAAACGCACAUCUCAGAAAACAAGUCCGAGAUCCAACUGGUUGCUGAAAUGUUCCCCAACAACUCUUCUUACACCGAUGUCUACGACAAAGCAGGAUUACUCAAUUCAAAAACCAUUCUCGCACAUGCAGUCCAUCUGUCUCCAGAAGAGCGCGCUACCAUCCGUUCUCGCGAUGCAAAGAUCAGUCACUGUCCAGCUUCCAACACGGCGUUGACCUCCGGCGCAGCGCCUGUAAGGACGUUACUAGACGAAGGCCUCACAGUCGGUCUAGGAACAGACGUCAGUGGAGGAUACAGUCCCAGCAUCUUAGAAGAGGCCCGUCAAGCCGUUCUGGUCAGCAGACAUGUAGCCAUGGCAGAUGGUGACGCUGCAAAACUGAGCACAGAAGAAGCUUUGUGGCUAGCCACCCGUGGUGGCGCAAAGGUCGUUGGUCUUGAAAACCGUGUCGGUGGAUUCGAAGUCGGCAUGGAUUGGGAUGCCCAGAUGAUCAGCUUGGAUGUUGUGAGCGAAGACGGUGAAAUGGAUGAUGCUGACACAAAAGGUCCCGUGGAUGUCUUCAUGUGGGAGAGUUGGCCGGAUAGACUCAACAAAUGGUUCUAUGGCGGCGACGACAGGAACACAGCUGCUGUAUGGAUCAAGGGCCGCCUGGUGCAUACGACGCACAAGUACAAAGAUUGA